AUGGCGUCUGCAAAGUUGACAACAACAAAUUCAUUAAAAGCGGUUGAAUGGAUGUGGCAAUCGAAUUCAAAUCCAUGGUCAAAAGAGGAAGCUGUCGAAUGGAGCCACUAUUCAGAUGUAGAAAAUUUGAUCAUUGAAAAAGCAUUCUCGAACAAGCAACAGCGUGCUGAAUUAGAUGAAUAUUAUAUCGAUUUCACGGACAAUCUACAAGUAUCUAACAGUGACAGUAACAAAAAGAGACCGGUCAAACGAGUCAUUCGUAAGAGAGACGAUAAACACUUACGAGAAGCGCGAUUCAUGGAUCUUCCAAUUGCGUCUGAGCGAUCAUUCGGUGGUCAAUAUGGCUUCGUGUCACCCUUCGUUAUAGAGGUAAGGAGACACUUAAAACUUGAUCCUUUCGAUCUUCCUUCAACAAAACCCGAAAUCAUACCUGACCUCGUCGAAAAAGCUGCGAAAGGUAUUAUUACGGAAGGUAAAAAUAUUCGAAAGCAACGAGAAGCUGAAGAAAUAGCCAGCUUGCUUCGAGAAAAGAGGAACAAAGGAAUAAAAGAAGUAUGGCAACGCUGUGUUUAUCUUUAUUCGCUGGAAAGUUUCUUGUAUAAAACUUUGAAUGCAACUAUGCGAUUGGUUGGAAGUCGAGAGAAUGAUCAAGUUUGGCGAAGUAAGGUUUCGACAUUGGGUCCAUUCUGUUUAUUAUUAUGGGAUGAUCCAUUCAGUACAAAAAUGAAAGUGAAUGUUGAAUUAUAUCGGGGAGCUGACCUACAAGCUGAGCAUAUUACAAUGUACGAAAAAAUGGUAAAGAAAAAGGACGGAUAUGGAUCAUUUCAAGGAUUUUCAUCAUGCAGUCGUAAUCGUGAAAAAGCAGAACAAUUUGGCAAUACAUUAUUUAUCAUGAGAGUGAAAUUCGCCUUCGUCGCUGACCUUAGUAAUUGGUCUGAAUAUCCAAAUGAAGAAGAAGAGUUGAUCAUGCCAGGCGUCUGUUUUCGAGUCGUAAAGAUUGAAUUCGAUCGCAAGAUAAACAAAAAUUUGAUUUACUUAGAACUAAAACAACGUUGGUCUGCGGAAGACAGUGCACAUUAUCAAUCUAGUACUCAUCGAAGCAAGGUUAAUGACGCAUAUGACGAUGAUGCUGCCUUUGCUGCUGAUGGCGCUGAUGCUUUUGCUGAAACACUUCCUAUUGACGGUCUUCGAUUUGAUCGUGAUGGCAACUGGAUUGGAAGCAAAUGA